GUAGCUUUGGCAUUCGUCAUUCCGAUCACAAUAUCAAUGGCCACGGCUUCAGGAGCGGCGCUAGUUCGGAAGAGUGUGUUUGGUGCCGGCAGUCGUUGUGUAUAUAAAGCCCGCCGGCCCGCGCUACAGAAGCGUUUCCAGACCACUCAAUCUGCAUAUUCUACCACAUCUCCUCUCGAAGCCUCUCCGAGUCUGACUCUCCCCCCACCUCGCUCCCGUACCUCCCGUGUCCUCGGUGCAUCCGCUCUUUUCAUAGUCGCAACCGCCGCCGGUCUUGCAAUGUCUGUCGCUCCCGCCAUCGAGACGGCCAAUGGCUUCAUCUCACCUCCCACCAACGCCGAGACACUCUCCCUCUUCGUACCGGCCAAUUCAGAGGCCGAAGAAAUCAACAAGCGCAUCGUGUCCAACCCUCUCGCCGAAUGUCUGCGCGCAAACCCCCAAUGGAUCGAGUCCAGGCCGCACAUGAAGAUCCCCGAGAACAUGCGAUCGCAUAACCUGACUGCUGGCACAUUGCAAGGAGACGACAAGAUUGCUUCCCCGCCGCUCACCUUCGCAAACACAAAGGCUGAGCUGCCGUCGAUUGUGCAGAUUGCCCAUCUGGGCGAGAAGCUCUGCGGUCACCCUACCAUUAUCCACGGAGGACUUCUCGCAACUCUUCUGGAUGAAGGUCUGGCUCGCGCCUGUUUCCCUGCUCUGCCCAACAAGGUUGGCGUUACGGCGAGUUUGAACAUUACAUACAAGAAGCCAUGCCCGGCAAACAGCUUUAUAGUGCUCAGAGCAGAGACGACAAAGGUUGACGGCAGAAAGGCUUGGGUCAAGGGCUGGAUCGAGAUCCUGGGAGACGGUGUUGAAGAGGGCGAGCACCUGGUCGAGGCCGAAGCCCUCUUCGUCGAGCCCAGAGGCGCAAAGAACAUGGCCAGGCUCUACUCGAGCGACGAGUGAUCUAUGCCAUGUACGAAUGUAUAAUACAAGAUAUGGGGCUUGGAGUUCUGGGAUACAUCACGGGGCAUUAAGAGGCUUUUUUAUUCAUAACGAAGCGUCAUUCUAGACAUAUAUCGCGUUGAGUCUUUUGCGAUUACAGGAAGAUAUGGAAGCUGAAUCGAAUGUGUAUAUUGAGCAUCUUUCUCUUUCUCUUUCUCUUUCUCAUUCUCAUUCUCAUUCUGUUGAUGCGCCAGGCGCCAAUGCUAUGCCGGUAAACAUGAGACAGAAGGAUGCAUCGUGUUGAGCGUCAUGUCGUUGAUUAAGAUGGUUUCAUUUCAUCAUGCAUGGCCAUCUAGAAGUUUGUGCCCUCUGCGGGCUGGGGCAGCUUCUUGUGUGCGGGCGCAGCCAUGAACCUGCAGCAAUGUUAGACGGUUGAAGCGACAACAGCUGUAUGGAAUG